AUGCAGCAGGACCUGCCGGCGUCCGGGAUGCCGCUGCUGACGUCCAAGCUGGCGGUGGUGCCGGCCAACCCGGAGAGCGAGAAGCUCACGCUGGAGGACAAGUUCCAGGAGGUCUACGACCAAGGGACGGAGGCGACGGAGCGGCUGGAGAUCACCAAGGCCCGCCUCGAGAAGGAGCUGCGGCGUCAGUCCGAGAGCUUCCGGGACCUGGUCAAGAGCAGAAAUACAGACAUCCAGGAGGAGUACGCGCGCAUGCUGAAGGAACUGGACGACCAGACGGAGUCGUUGGACCAGGAGAUCGCCAAGGAGAGGGACAUGAAGGCUGAAAGAGCUAAGCGGCGUCGGGAGGAGGCUCUACAGAAGAAGGCCAGCAAGAAGCAGCACCUUGAAGCGCAGCUGAAGGUGCAGCUGGAUGACUUUACGUCGGAGAUCCGGCAACUGCAGGAAGUGUUUGCUACGCUGGAAAAGGACAACGAGAACCGAGAUAACGAGAAUACUAUGGAGGAGGAGCAGAGCCCAGAGGAACGACGGCGACUUGAAGAGGAGCGCGCGCAGAACGAGAUUGUCGAUCUCGAACAGGAAAUCGUGCUGCUGAAAGAAGCCCAAGACGCGAUUAAGGAGAAGAUCGAUAAACAAUCAUUGAAGGCUCAAUACGAAGAGGAGAAGCAAGAAGUGCUGGAAGAGACGGCCCAUCUCAAGAGCAUGGUCGAAGACCUCACGCCCCAAAUCACCUCCAACAGUGUUCGCCUGCACUCCUUGUUGCGGACACUUGCGCCUUCCCCGGGCAUCGGAACGCUCAUGACUCGACUAUACCAACAACUUUGCAACGAUUCACCUUCGACGCCGUCAACUGAAUUGCCGCCUACACCGCGUAAAACGGUCGACCUGAAGGCGUUCCUCAAUAGCUGUCCAAGUUUUGAAGAAGGCAAUCGAGCAAUUGACGAGCUCAAGAAGCUGCAACUGAUUCAUUGCUACGAGUCAAGCGGAAUUAUCGCGUUGGCAGAUUAG